GAGUCUUCUUAACGAGUUAGGGUUUUGUACCUUCGUUGCUUUUCCUGAUUUCGGCUUUUGCUCUUUUCGUUUUGCCGUUCUUUCUUCCAAUCCUCUGUUUCCCUGUGAUAUCCGUGCUUUCUUUCGCGGGGUUGCUGAUUUUCGUGGUUUAAGGGAUUUUGUGGUUACCGGGCCGUUGUGCGUCUAUUUAGAUUUGGGAUUUUUUGCGUUCCGAGGGUUUCGACAUCUCUAAUUGAGGUAAAGAAUUCCUGCUGUUUCCCCUUUUUUCCGUUUGAGAUUUCUGGGUUGUGGCUGGGUUUUUGGCCGAUUUACCUCUUUUCAAGGGUGGCGUCUUCGCAGCCCGCUGUGGAACAAGCGUGAUCCAACUAAGAGUAACUGGUCGAACCCCAAAGCUGUACAAAUUAGGGCUUGCAGAUUCUCUCUUCGAGAUUUCUGAUCGCAUCGUAUCCAUUUGUCUUCAAUCGAACUUGGAUUUCGAUACCUAGGGCUUGAAGGCAGACGAAUUGGAAUCGCACUUUUAGCGGCUCCGCACAGAUUAUCCUCAAUUUCAGAGGCCUCAAGAUUUUCGAUCGGCGUUGUGGUUGAAAGGAAUUUCAGGCCUGCAGAUUCGGCAUUGGGUUGGCCAAUUUCAAAAUUAGGGCACAAAUGCAAUGCCAAAUCCAUGGAAUCAAACAGAGCCUAUAUGGGUUUUGGUACUUUGCAUUUGUAAUUGUUCAAUUCGAGAGGGAAAUGCGGGGAUAUGAUAGAGAUGAUUAUGGUCAGUCAGGCGACGAAUAUGAGGAUUAUGAGGACGAUGAGGAUGGUGAAGAGUAUGAAGAGGAAGAGGAAGAUCCAAAGCCUACCAAGGAAGCAUUGGCAUACCUUGAGUUGAGACAACGCUUGAAAGAACAAUUACGAAAGAAGAAAAGUGGUUCUUCUUUGGCCAACCCCAGUAAUAAAAAGAAGAAGCUCCCCUAUGACAAUUUUGGAUCUUUCUUUGGCCCAUCUCAACCAGUUAUUGCUGAGAGAGUGAUUCAAGAAAGCAAAUCGUUGUUAGAAACCAAGCACCUAACAUCCAGUGCUACCAACUCUGUCCAUCAUAACAAGAAGAGCUCUGGAUCAACCUCUGCUGGAUCGAAAUAUGUAUCAAAUGAUCAGAAACCCAAAGUCAUUAAUGAGGUUAAGAGUAAAGUACAAAAGAUCAAGGAUACAAGAGAUUACUCGUUUUUACUUUCUGACGAUGCAGAGCCCCCAGCCUCUACAAAGGAUCGACCACCUCAAAAUGUCUCUGUUCCAAAUUCUGAGGUGCGGUCUAGUCAAAUGGCGACAAAUAAUGGCAGACAUAUACCUUCAUCAAAUAAUGGCAGACAUAUACCUUCAUCAAAUAAUGCCAGACCUGUACCUUCCUCAAAUAAUGGAAGACAUGUACCUUCGGCAAAUAAUGGCAGACAUGUACUUUCAGCAAAUAAUGGUAGACAUAUACCUUCAGCAAAUAAUGGCAGACAUGUACCUUCAGCAAAUGAUGGUAGAGUUGUACCUGGCCGUCGUGAUGAAAGGAAACUGGUAUCUAUGAAUGGACAGAUGCAUUCUAAAGUGGGGCCCAAUAAGUUGAGUUCUGCCAGUAGACGACCCGAUUCAACAUCAAUGGACUCGAGAAGACAGCUUGGUAGCAUAGGUGGAAAUGGGCCUGGCCGGCCUCUAGAGACAAAAAGAUUACCGUCUAAGAUGCCUGCUUCAACCACUGAGAGGAAAGCUUCUACACCAGGCCUAAAGAAUCCCAUGUCUGGUGUGCCCAGACCACCUCUUUCAAAGUUGCAGUCAUCUAUUCCAAGGCAGCAGUUGCAACAAAAAAAAGAAGUACGAGAAUCUAAUAAGCCCAAAGUGUUACUGAAACAGUCAUCAGGAUUGUCAAGACCUCAGCACAUAAACAAGCCACAAAUGCAAAGGCAAAUCUCGUCACGUCCUAUGUCUCAAGAGCAUCCUCCCAAAAAGAAGCCUAUGAGACGGCACCCAGAUGAUGAUGAACCGGGUCUGGAUUUUAGAAGUGAGAUCAGAAAAAUGUUUCGUCAACCAGAAAGAUACGCUAGUGACGACGACGAUAGUGAUAUGGAGGCGAACUUUGAAGAUAUUAUGAAGGAGGAGAGACGAAGUGCGCUAAUCGCAAGAAGGGAGGACGAAGAGCAGGCUAGGUUGAUAGAAGAAGAAGAAAGGAGGGAACGGAUGGCUAAACAAAAUCGCAAGCGUAAGCUCGGUCAUUAGAGUGACCAGCCACAGGGAAGGGAAGUGAAGGAAGGGGAAUUUUUUUCGCUUCACUUGACAAAAAUAUAGAAAAACAAAAAAAUAAAAAAAUUUCUUUGGUCAAUUUAAGUCUCACCAACAUUGUAUGUUGCUCUUGUUAAAGCGGAGUUGAUGUUUUGGGACUAAAUUAUCCUGAAGCUGUAGGAGAUUUUUUUGGUUGCAAAUUCAAAUGUAUUUCCAGUGUCAAAUAAUGUAGAAUGUAGUUUUUUGGGUGCUGGAGAGUGGGGAUGAAGAUGCAUUUUGUGGCUUUAUUUUUGGUUUUGCAAGACUCCCCUCCGCCUACUAAUAAACAAAAGGGCAAAUCGUCAAAAUGGUUCAUGAGA